AAAAAAACAUCCAAAAAGAAUUAAACAUUUCUUUUUUCCGGCUGGCUAAAAAAACUCCACACCGAACCGGCUUCAUUGGAAAUAAAUUGUACCUCCCGCAUUAACAAGUGUACCAUGAGUCAUCACUAUUUAAUUUGAUUCUCCUCUUUCUUUUUCUUCGUCGUGUCACCUUUAGCGUACACCCACGUACUUUCUUCAUGGGUGAAUUUCACCCACAAUCCACCACUCCUCCGCCGUCUACACUUCCCCAUAAAACGGCCAUCUUCAAUUCAAUUCAAUUCCAAAACGACGACGUAUUUGGACGUGUAUUUUUUUAUUUUCUAGAGAGAGAAAAUGAGGCUGUGCGUGUAUUUGUUGGAGGGGAGAGGAUUGGGGGUGAAGGAGUCUUACUACGUGAAGCUGAAAAUCGGCAAGUACAAGUCAAAGAGCAGAGUUUUGAAGAGCAAUGAAAAUUCAAUUUGGAAUGAGGAGUUUGUUUUUAGGGUUUGUGAUCUGGACGACGAGCUCGCGGUGUCUGUGUACAGGUACGACGAUCGCGACCACGGCUUGUUCGGUAAUUCCGGCGGCGAGUUCGUCGGUCGGGUUAAGAUUCCGGUUUGGAGCGUCGCCGCCGAGGAGAAUCGGAACCUGCCGCCCACUUGGUUCUCCGUCGAGAGGCCGAAGAGUGUUAAAUUCAUCGACAAUGAUUGUGAUGUAGGCAAGCUUCUUCUAUCUCUAUCCCUACACGGGGGCGAUCAAGACCAUUCAAACGAAAGCAAGCUCACUUCAUCCAACGACUCUCAUUCAUCAAGAAAGAUAGGGGAAAGCAAACACUUGAUGAAAUCACUUGCUGGCCGUUUGGAGAAACUCUUGCACAAAAAAGACGAAAUACCGACAACGAGCGACAAUUCCUCCUCCGAAGUGUCCGCCGCCGCAUCGGACCACGAGGACUCCGCACCGGAACCUUCGGAAACCUCUUGCACCUUCGAAGAAUCAAUCGAACUGGUGAAAUCCACAAACGGGAACAAUGAAACCCCGGAGAAUCUUCCGGGUGGGAUCCUUCUCGAUCAAACUUUUGGGGUAUCUCCAAAGGAUCUUAACAAGAUUCUGUUCGCACCUAAUUCGGAUUUCAUGACAAAUUUGGCAGAAUUGCAGGGUACGACAGAUAUUCACGAGGAACCAUGGAAGUUAAUAUCGGAAGAAGGUGGCAAAUCUUGUUUGAGAAGAGUUGUCACUUAUACUAAAGCAGCGACGAAAUUAGUUAAGGCGGUGAAAGCCACCGAAGAGCAAAUUUAUAUCAAGGCGAAUAAUAAUAACGAAUUUGCCAUUCAUGUUAUUGUAAGCACUCCCGAUGUUCCGUACGGAAAUACUUUUAAGGUUGAGUUACUUUAUAAAAUAAUCCCGGGUGGCGUGAUGAUGUCAUCAUCUUCGGGGGAGGAAUCUGCUCGUCUUGUAGUGUCGUGGGCGGUCAACUUCAGUCAACAGACAAUGAUGAAAGGGAUGAUUGAAGGUGGGGCCCGGCAGGGUUUGAAAGAGAGCUUCGAUCAGUUCUUGAGUUUACUUUCUCAAAGGUUUAAAGUUGUAAAAGAUAUUUCAGACAAGGAUCAAAUGUUGGCGAAUCUUGAAACAGAGCAUAAGUCUUGUUUGGAAUUGGCGGUUCAGUAUUUCUGGAAUUUUACGGUGGUGUCGACUGUUUUUAUGUUGUUGUAUGUUCUUGUUCAUAUAUUUCUGUGUGGGUCCCACGAGCUGAGAGGGUUGGAGUUUGGUGGGCUCGAUUUGCCCGAUAGUUUUGGAGAAAUUAUCACAUGUGCGGUUUUGGUUCUUCAGUUGGAGAGAGUUUAUUACAUGAUUUUGUAUUUUGUUGAAGCUACCCUACGAAGAGAAAAUGAUCAUGGAAUCAAAGCACGAGGUGAUGGAUGGGUUCUUACAGUAGCAUUAAUCGAGGGAGCAAAUUUAGCUUCGACGAACUCGACAGAAACGCCAGAUCCUUACGUUGUUUUCACUUGUAAUGGCAAGACAAAAACGAGCUCUGUCAAGCUCCAAGCACUAGAUCCUCAAUGGAACGAGAUACUCGAGUUUGAUGCUGUGGAAGAACCUCCUUCAGUUUUGGAUUUGGAAGUCUUCGAUUUCGACGGUCCGUUUGACCAAGUUUCUUCGUUGGGCCAUGCUGAGAUCAAUUUCUUGAAGCACACGUCUGCUGAGCUGGCGGAUCUGUGGGUCCCGCUUGACGGAAAACUGGCUCAGUCUUGUCAGUCGAAGCUGCACUUGAGGAUCUUCUUGGACAAUAAUAAUGGAGUCGAAACGAUUAGAGAUUAUCUAGCUAAUCUGGGGAAGGAGGUGGGAAAGAAGUUGAACCUGCGUUCACCUCAUAGGAAUUCGACUUUUCAGAAACAUUUCGGACUGCCUCCCGAAGAAUUCCUCGUCAGCGAUUUCUCGUGUUCCCUCAAGAGGAAGAUGCCUUUACAGGGUCGACUUUUCCUUUCAGCAAGAAUAGUUGGAUUUUACGCAAACUUAUUCGGACACAAAACAAGAUUCUUCUUCCUAUGGGAAGACAUUGAAGAUAUACGGGUCCUACCACCAUCUCUCGCCUCAGUUGGAAGUCCACUACUCGAAAUAAUUCUGCACAAAGGUCGAGGCCUCGAUUCCAGGCAUGGAGCCAAAGUUUUAGACGAGCAAGGAAGAUUGCAUUUUUACUUCCAUUCUUUCGUUUCUUUUAAUGUCGCAAGCAGGACAAUUAUGGCAUUGUGGAAAACGAGAACACUCGAACCGGAUCAGAAAGCUGAAAUUGAGGAGGAUGAGAGAGAUGAUGAUGGUGGGAAGGCUUUUUUGCUCGAAGAAAGUGGGCCCCACUUUGCUGUUGAAGAUGCAAAGAUGACCAAGGUUUAUACGAUGGAGUUGCCUCUUAAUAUCAAAUCAUUGAUGAAAAUGUUCGAAGGUGGAGAGUUGGAACACAAAGUGAUGAGUAAAUCCGGUUGCCUCAACUACGUGACAGCCACAUGGGAAAAUGUGACCUCGGAAGUACAAGAAAGACGAGUGUGUUACAAAUUUAGCCACCGUAUAUCAAUAUUUGGUGGUGAAGUCAACUCCACACAACAAAAGUCAACUUUACCAAACGACAAUGGAUGGAUAGUCAACGAGAUUAUGACUCUCCACAAUGUCCCGUUCGGUGAUCAUUUCCGAGUCCAGUUCAGAUACCAAAUGGAGAAAUCUUUGUUCGCACAUAAUUCUUGCAAGUGCGAUCUUUAUAUUGGACUUAUUUGGCUGAAAAAUACGAAAUUUGAGCCUAGAAUAACGAAGAACGUGAUUGGGAUGUUUACUCGGAGGUCACAAGAAAUAUUGCAGCUAGUCGAACGAGAAAUUCUACUAACGUGUCAAUAGGAAUUCAUCAAAAAACAUUCCGAUUUUUAGCAACUAUUGUGAAAAUCGAUUAAAUCUUAAUUUAGCCUUCGUUUAGUUUUGUUAAACCUUUACGAAUAAUAAAUCUUAAUUUUAGCAUUUGU